UUGGUGAACACCCAACGUGAUGAUCUACCUGCACUUUCUGCGUCGUAUUUAACGCCGUGCGAGUGGCCGAGAGGUGCACUGUGAGCCAGGAUACAGCACUCGAAGAAGCGAUCGAGAUGGCGAGCCAGGAACAGAAGACUGCCUGCGUCACCGGCGGCAAUGGGUUCAUCGCGUCGACGCUCGUCAAGCAGUUGCUGGAGAAGGGCUACGCUGUCAACGUCACCGUCAGGGAUCCAGAUAAUGCGUCCAAGGUUGGUCGCCUGAAGCAGCUGCGGAGUCUCGGCAGGUUGACCAUUUUCCGAGCGGAUCUGUCGGAGGAGGGCAGCUUCGAUGCGGCGGUGAGCGGCUGCCACUACGUCUUCCUCGUCGCAGCUCCGGUGAACAUGGCGGCCGAGGACGCUGAGAAUGAGCUGAUCAAACCGGCGAUCCAAGGAACCCUGAACUUGUUGAGAUCGUGCGUCAAGGCCAAGACGGUCGAGCGCGUCGUCCUGACGUCGUCGGCGGCCAGCGUCUCCAUCAACGAGCUCAAAGGAACUGGUAUGGUGUUGGAUGAGGAGGCCUGGUCGGACCUCACAUACUUAACGUCCAAGAAACCCCCUAGUUGGGGAUAUGCGGUCUCCAAGGUGCUGGCGGAGAAGGAAGCAUCCAAGUUUGCACUAGAGAACGGCAUAGAUCUCGUGACGAUGAUCCCAGCCCUGACGAUUGGCCCUGCGCUGGGCGCAGAGGUUAAUCUGAGCUUAAUGCUCGGCGUGUCUUUGCUAUCAGGCAACGAAGAGCUGAUCGACGGCUUCAGAAUCAUGCAAACCCUCUCCGGUUCCAUCUCGUUCACCCACGUCGAGGACAUUUGCAGGGCUCACAUCUUUGUUGCGGAGACCGAAUCGGCUUCCGGCCGCUACAUCUGCUGCUCCAUCAACACGAGUCUCCCGGAGCUUGCCAAGUUCCUCUCAGAACGAUACCCUCGGUACAAGGUCCCUACAGACUUCUCUGACUUGCCCGAGAAGCCCAAGCUGAUGCUGUCUUCGGAGAAGCUCAUCAAAGCUGGUUUUGAGUUCAAGUACAAGCAACUGGAAGACAUCUACGACGAUACUGUUCAGUUUGCAGAGGCUGUAGGACUGCUGCAGCCGAAGUCGAAAGGUUCUCAUCAUCAAACCACAACUGGGAAGGGAGCAUGAGAGGUUUGCGUAGUAACUCGAGAGGCAUCUUUCUUUAGGGUACUCAAAUAAAAGCCAUGCUUGCUAUGGUAGAUGUGGUUUUUCCCUCCGAACCAGGCAGUGUUGGUCUUCUUCCAAUGCCAUGUUCUCGAGAUGAACCUCGGCGGUGAGAAUACCGUAAGCAGCAAGGCAUGUUGUUGUCACUCCUAUUAUGCUAUAUAGUGAAGCUUGCCUGAAAUUUCAAUUAA